ACCUUUCUCUUAAAAUCCCUUUUCAACUUUUAAACUCUUUUGAAAAUGAAAAGUCAAACUCACCAUUUAAUCUCUUUCUUCUUCCUCGGGAUGUCACCGAUUUCUUCAUCUUUAUACUCCCACCCAGAUCUGCUCCCAUGGACGGUGACAAGAAAGAUCAGCUUCCUUCCACUGAAUCUACUUCUACAACGGCUAAAAUCAAAGCUAUUCAACCUAAGAAACUUCCCCCCUGUAGAUCUGAUCAAGUGUUUGUCCCUUACAUGAAAUCUCAGAUUCUGGGUCCGUAUUUCGUUUCUCCUUCACCUAUUCCUUUUAAACUUGUAUACCCACAACUAACAGACCAUCCUCUUCCUUUCCAAGUGAAGCCCAAUUGGAGCAAGUGGGUUGGCCAGGUCGGACCUUGGCCAACUUGGAGAAAAUCUAAGUUGAUCUUGAGUUCUGCUUUACUUUUUUGGACUGGUUCUUUCAAUUGCUUCCACUUCCCAUGUGGCAUCAUGUCCGUGAGUCUCUUCAACAUCAGCUCGUUGAUCGGACUACCUCGCACGGCAGAAGAAAUUUCUGCACUUCUGACCAUGCCACUAGGUAUUGAAUACGACCACAAAGAUCUGAAACCUUCAUUUGUAGCCUUUGUGAGAUCUGCUUGUGACCGAAAUCCUGUUGAAGAAAAAUCUGAUGAAAGUGGUGAAGAUGAUUCUGGCUCCUAUCACUCAAAAUUUGGUGAUCAAUCUUCACCAGCCACAAAAGUUAGGGGUUCUAGAUUUUCUUUAUGCAUGGUUAAUAAAAACUUUAAAGCGAGUUUUAUUGCAGAUAUUACUGAGAUUGAUGAUGAUUUGGAAAAUGAGCUUCUUGCAAAACUGGACAUGUUGACAGACCUCCCUGUCAAGUUAGAAUAUGCUCUGGACAGCAAAAGGAAGUUUGUCGCCGAGGAGACAAACUCAGAUGUCAACCUUCCUUCCCAGGAACAAAUUAGGUUUGCCAUUCUCACCUUGCAAGAGCUUAUUGACGAUGACCCUUCCCAUUUCUGUAAAGUGCCAGAUCAACAAGCCGCCUUCCAAGCAGCUCAAGUACUUAGUCGAGCCCCACAGUUAUCUUCUGCUCAGCACAAAUUUUGGGCAGCUUUCACUAUCAUUUAUGCAUAUUUUAGUAAAAGAUUCUUGGCUUUUGAGAACAAGGCGAUGAUAGUAGAAUCUGCUAGGAAAUUUGUAGCUUAUAGUACUACUGCAGUCUUUAAAAAGAAGGAUGAGUUCUUGGCAGCAAAGGAUGCUCAUACUGCACAAAUUAAACAUCUUCAAGGUCUUAGGGAGGAGAUAUCUAACCUCGAAGCCAAGCUCGUAGAACUAAGGAAACAGGUUCCCCUUGCGGAGCAAGCAGAGAAGAGCUUGGCAGAACAGCGAAAGAAGCUUCGUGCAGAUAUAGACGUGGGCCUGAAAUCUGUUUCUGAGAUCAAGGAUCAGCUUCCUUCUGUCACGGCUUCUGCAGAUGAAGCCGCUGAAGAACUCAAAAACAUGAGGGAAGAAUGGAGUAAUUGGCGGAGCAACUUUUGUUAACUCCUCCCUAUAUGCUUAUUUUGUUCUAAACUAUAUUUGCAUGUCAUGAUCCUUGAACUUAAUGUUUAUGGCCUAGUGGUCAUGGGAAUUGCGACUUUGAUGUUGAUAUUGGUCUUUGUUCAUACCUGUGAAAACUUGGUUGUUGCAUAUUUUGUUCAUACUCUGUAGCAGGUUGAAAUUUUGCCGCUCUAAUUGCUCACAGUUAGAUUUGGCCUGCUUACAUAUUCAGUUCAGUACUUUUAUUGAAUUACAGAAUGCUUAACAAGAAAAGAAAAUAUUGUACAAUUCUUGCCCCAAAUUUGUUUCAAGAAGAAUUCAUGGCUAGAUCUGCAGUCCUUUUCUCUUCAUUUGGUUGUUUCCUCCUCAUAUUUUCCCCUCUGAUCAGGUUUCCGACGCCGGAACCCUGAUCCAGCAGCCAUGGCUGCCGCUAAUGCUCCCAUCACCAUGAAGGAAACUUUGACGUUGCCGAGCAUCGGGAUUAAUCCGCAGUUCAUAAAUUUCACGCACGUUACUAUGGAGUCAGACAAAUACAUUUGCAUCAGGGAA